AUGUCUUCCGAACCACCCCUCGACCCCUACAAACCCUCCCUAUUUGAACUCCUCUCCUCAACUCAACUUUCAUCUCUUCUUCCUCCAUCGCUGCACUACCUCCUAACCGUCGCUACCCAUCGACAUCCACGGCAUCUCCUCCCAAUCCUCAAUUCUUUCCACGAACUCCACGCCCUUCUCUUCCUAGCAAUCGAACACCACUACCUAACAACCUACUCCUCCUCCUUCGUCGAAAACUUCUACUCUCUAAAACGCGAACGAGCCUUACCCCCUGCGAUAGGCUCCUUAAAAUUGACUGCCGAAGGCGCCAACGCCAGUCUACGAGAAGCAACAAAACUCACAACAAAAGAUGUAUGGAAGAACCUCGCCGUCUUGGUCGGAAUCCCCUAUCUCAAACGCCGUCUCGAUGAAUCCGCAGAAAUAAAUGCACCUCGCGCUCUGCUCGGCGCAAAUUACACCCGCAUGCCACCAAAUCCUACACUCCGCCAACGAUUUCUCCAUUACUAUCGCUGGUUUCUUACAAAUGUAUACCCCAGCGUCAACGCCGCGUAUUAUUUUAGCAUCUUAGCCUUCAAUCUACGCUACCUGUUUUCCAAUUCCAAAUCCGGUUCAGGAGUUUACUCCGACCCCUUUCUCUGGCUUAUAGGCACUCGCAUACGACGAUUAAGUCAGGCAGAUUUCCAAGCAUUCGAAGCUCUUGCAAAUGCCCCUUCAUCUACGACACCAGGAAGUAAUUUGGGUAUAAGAAGUUUGUUGGAUCCGAGAUUAGCCAUGGGAAGAUUAGGGGCUGGAUUGAAAUUGUUGUUACCAACGAGUAUUUUUGCGCUCAAGUUCUUGGAAUGGUGGCACGCGAGUGAUUUUGCGAGACAAUUAUCGAAGAAGGCAACGGAAGGAUUGGAGCUACCACCGCCUAUCAUUUCAUACACACCAUCUGCCACUACUCCCUCCAAACCAUCAUCCUCAUCAAAGCCAGAAAUCGCAUCUCCAACAUCCCCAGAAGAUAAAUCCUCAGAGGAGCCCACCAACCCACCCAUCUCAACUCUCACCCACCUCCCCAUCUACGUUGUCCCUGCGCCUUCCUCAAGCACCGAGUCUCUCGAAAACUGUCCGAUCUGCUUGCAAGAAAUCACUACCCCGACGGCUUGUCAAACGGGUUAUGUAUACUGUUAUACUUGUAUUCAUCGUUGGAUCGAGGGGGUGCAUGAGUUACAAGAGACGUUUAUGAAAGGAGGAGCAGAGGUGGUAGCGAGUGGUGAGAAGGAAGAUAAGAUGGAGAAGGAGAUAUAUAGGGAGACAAGAGAAGGGAAAUGGGAAAGUGGCGCGGGUAGAUGUGCGGUUAGUGGAAGGAGGGUUUUGGGUGGUGUGGGGGGGCUGAGGAGGGUUUUGGUUUAA